AUGGAGCCCGGAAGCCCCCCCAAACGCGUGCCCUUCCAGGGGCCCUGCUACCUGAAGGCCCUGGUCUCCAACGCUGCAGCAGGAGCUGUCAUUGGCAAGAACGGAGCAGCAAUUGCGCAGCUGGAGCAGCAAACUGCAGCAGCAAUUAAGUUGUCUCCAGCAAACUGUUAUUAUCCUGCAACAGAAGAAAGGGUUUUGAUCAUGAGUGGCGAGCAGCACGCGCUGCAGCAGGCCCUCUCCGUGAUCCUGGACAAAGUGGCCGAGCAGCAGCAGCAGCAGCAGCAGCAGCAGCAGCAGCAGCAGCAGCAGCAGCAGCAGGAGGGCAAGAAGGAGCCCGACGCCGCUGCUGCUGCAGCAGCAGCAGCAGCAGCAGCAGCGAAGUUCGCCUUCAAGAUCGUGGCCCCGAAGACUGCUGUUGCUGCUGUCAUUGGCAAAGGCGGGCAGCAAAUAAAAGAACUCCAAGAAGCAACAAAAGCAAAAGUGCAGAUCUCCAACAGAGAAGAAGGGCUUUCUGAGAGGAUCAUUACGGUGUACGGACACCUGGAGGAGGUCAAAGCUGCUGCUGCUGCUGUUGCUGCUGCGCUGCAGCACGACAGCAGCCUCAAGGCCCACAUGUACGUGGUGUACAAGCCGGGGGGCCCCCUGGGGGCCCCCCUGGGGGCCCCCCUGGGGGCCCCCCUGGGGGCCCCCCUGGGGGCCCCCCUGGGGGGCCCCCUGGGGGGGGCCCCCCUCUGCUACGGGCAGCCGCUGGGGCUGCUGGGGCUGGGAGGGUACGGGGGGGCCCCCGGGGGGCCCCCCGGGGGCCCCCAGGGGCCCCUCGGGGGCCCCCAGGGGCCCCUCGGGGGCCCCCCGAACGGGGAAAUUUUGGCGCUGCAGUGCGAAAUUCAACUGCAAGUACCCGAAGCAGCAGUUGGGGCUUUAAUUGGCAAAAACGGAAAAAGUGUUUCGGAAUUAAUGAAGCAAAGUGGAGCUCGAAUUCAAAUUAGCAGCAAAGGGGACUUUGUGCCGGGAACUACGGAGAGAAAGCUGAGCAUUUCGGGGCCUGUUGCUGCUGUGCAUGCGGCGCACUUGCUGCUGCUGCAGCGCCUCCAGCAGCAGCAGCAGCAGCAGCAGCAGCAGCAGCAGCAGCAGCAGCAGCAGCAGGAGCUGCACAACGGAGGCAGCGGCGAACACGCCGCGCUGCCGUACAUACACCCCGCCGCCUUCGGCUACUGA